UAUGUACCGGCUCCAAACGUCGUCGAAGAGAACGAACGAUUUAUAUUUGCCCUUAAGAACGCACCUAACGUUCUUUACACACGAUAUAAGCAAUACGGUCAACUCGGCGUCCUAGGCUGGUGCUCCGAGUUCAGCGAAAUGAUCGAUGCACUCAAAGCCCUCGGCUUUCAAGGCAACAUGUUCGUCUCCACGCGUGAACAGGCACUCAAGACCUGCGCCGAUAUCCUCCAACUUCACCUCGAAGUCAAGAUGCAAAUCAUCAUCAUGUACCUUUCUUCCCAAGUUGCGCGUCUACGGAGGUUCCUCGAUGGCGACGCGGUAUAUGACGAUUACCCUGAGACGGAGUUCCCUAUCGAUUCGAGUCAGUAUACGAAUUGGUCGAUGUGA